AUGGGUCUACCAGACCCAGCAGGACCCCCUGUAGUAAGAUCUGCUCCUGAGGAGGGGGGUGCUGCCUCUAACACUAGUCUCUCUGAGUCUGAGGAACAACACACCAGUCAUGGAGCUACCAGAGUAAGAUCUGCUCCUGAUGAGGGGGGUGCUGCCUCUAACACUAGUCUCUCUGAGGAACAACACACCAGUCAUGGAGCUACCAGAUAUCAGCAGAUCCACAAAUCCCACCUGCAGAAGAAGUUUAAGUGUCUGAUUGAGGGAAUCCAAAAGCAGGAAGACACCAGACUCCUCCAUGAGAUCUACACAGACCUCUACAUCACAGAGGGGGGAGAAGGAGAGAUCAAUGAUGAACAUGAGGUCAAACAGAUAGAGAGGUCAUCCUGGAGAGAAGCAGCACGAGAGACACCAAUCAAAUGCAGUGACAUCUUUAAACCCUUAUCUGGACAAUCCAAACCCAUCAGAACAGUGCUGACAAAGGGAGUGGCUGGCAUUGGGAAAACGGUCUCAGUGCAGAAGUUCAUUCUGGAUUGGGCUGAAGGAACAGCCAAUCAGGAUGUUGACUUCAUAUUUCCUCUUCCUUUACGGGAGCUGAACUUGAUGAAGGAAAAGAAAUUCAGUCUGGUGGGUCUUAUUCAGCACUUUUUCCCAGAAAUCAAAGAUCCCAGAGUCUUCUCCAGUUCAGAGCAGAGAGUCAUGUUCAUCUUUGACGGUCUGGAUGAGUGUCGACUUCCUCUAGAUUUCCGCUCCAACCCGACCUGUUGUGAUGUGACAGAGCCAGCCUCAGUGGACGUGCUGCUGACAAACCUCAUCAAGGGGAAUCUGCUUCCUUCUGCUCUCCUCUGGAUCACCACCCGACCAGCAGCAGCCAAUCAGAUCCCUGCUAAGUGUGUGGACCAGGUGACAGAAAUAAGAGGAUUCAAUGACCCACAGAAAGAGGAGUACUUCGAGAAGAGAAUCAGUGAUGGGAACCUGGCCAGCAAAACCAUCACACACCUGAAGUCAUCCAGGAGCCUCUACAUCAUGUGCCACAUUCCAGUCUUCUGCUGGAUUUCAGCUACUGUUGUAGAGAAAACUUCAAAAGAAUCAGACAAAGUAGAAAUGCCAAGGACUCUGACUCAAAUGUACACGCACUUCCUGGUCAUUCAGACUGACAUAAAAAACGUCAAGUACACCGAGAGAAAAGAGACAGAUGAAGAGGUGAUUUCCAAACUGGGGAAAUUGGCUUUCCAACAGCUAGAGAAAGGCAAUCUGAUCUUCUAUGAGGAAGACCUGAGAGAGUGUGGCAUUGAUGUCACAGAAGCAUCAGUGUACUCAGGAGUGUGUACUCAGAUCUUCAGAGAGGAGUCUGGGAAGGUGUUCAGCUUUGUGCAUCUGAGCAUCCAGGAGCUUCUUGCAGCUCUGUAUGUGUUCCUCUGCUUCAGCAACAGACAGAGAAACAUGCCUGACCAACAGCAGAGCUCUCAGCUAUCUGCUCUGUUCACAGCUGCAACACUUCAUGACCUACAAAAGACUGCAGUGGACCUGGCCUUACAGAGUGAGAAUGGACACCUGGACCUUUUCCUCCGCUUCCUUCUGGGCCUCACACUGGAGUCCAAUCAGAAUCUAUUAAAGCACCUACUGCCACAGAGCAGUAGCCAAUCAUAUAGCACAGAGCAAACAGUCCAGUAUGUGAAACAGAAGAUCAGAGAUCAGAGUAGCUCAGACAGAAGGAUCAACCUGUUCUACUGUCUGAAUGAGCUGAAUCACCAUGCUGUAGUGGAGGAGAAAAGCAGCCCAGAUACUUUGUUCUUGCUCAUGCUCUCACCAGGAGAGUGGGAGACUACGACAUUUGUGUUAAAGAUGUCAGAAGAGCUACUGGCUGAAUUUGACCUGCAGAAGUACAUAAUGACACCAGAGGAAGAUCAGACUGAACUGCUCAGUCCAGAUGAAGUUCUUCAGAAGCUGCUGCCAGCGGUCACAACAUCCUCAUCUGCUAAGUAA